UCUUUACGAACGUAUAUAACCAGUUGCUAGUUUCUAAUAUUCAGGUAUUGUGCUAGUGUAUACUCAUAGUAACUCAUAACAAGAACUAACAAUGUUUCAAUACACAAAAAUAAUUUUAGUUUCGUGUGGAUUAAGCUUGCUGAUUCAUUCCACUUUUGUUCAAAGUCAAGCUGUAUCAUCACAAUCUGCAUCUUCUUUGGGUGGUUUACCAGUGGGUACCGUAUCAAGGUUUGGUCUAAAUGGAAACAAUCAGUUCCUUACAUCUUUAGGUAAUGCAAAAGUUGGUACCUCUGAGCGUCAAGUUCUUCCAUUCGUGCCGAUCCCUUGGUGGCUAACUGCACCUAACUUUUACUACAGACCAAGACCAAUUGCUGUUAGACCUAUAGCAGCCCGGCCAACAAUUGUUAGGCCAGCUUCCAGGCCAACUUCUGGAGUAAGUGGACGAGGAAGUGGUGGAAGUGUUGAAAAUAAUAACAGCCUCUUAGGAUUAGAUUUAGGAGGAUUGCUUGGAGGAUUAUUAGGUGGACUUGGAGGAAGUGGAGGGAUCCUUGGCUAGUAACUAAUUUCGAUUGGAAUUCAUUUACUAAGUCAGAGGAAUUUUUUCAUUCAUUUGUGUAUAAAGUGUAUUGUAUAUUUUAAAUUAAAAAGAGGGAAACAAGAAAA